UCCAGAGCUAUAGGCAGUAUAAUAGGUGCUGGUACAGACAAUGUAGCUCCAGCCGGGUUUAGUAGCGGCGCAGCGUUGCCGCCGCGAGGUCAGGUCAUUUCAGCACGUGUGGCCCACUGCCCACACAGGCUCAAGCUACCUCCCCAUCACCCCGACUUUUCCCGUGGCCGUGCACGGUCUGGCGCCGUAAACUUCAGGAGACUAUAAUAUUUAUGAAAACUUUAAAACGGCACGCUCACGGCGAGUCUGCCGUCCCGGAUGCACGCACGGCAACCCCCGCGCCGCCCCGCCCCGCGGCGGCCACGGGGCGGGGCGGGGCCAGUCUCUGCACGGCAGGCUGCCGCAUCUACCCACGGCAGCCGUCCGUCAGCUGUCCCUCGGUGUUACAGUGCCAUCCUUGCCGCCAACAUGGACAGUGACGACGGUGUGGAGUCCAUAGACAAAGACCAGCUCAUCCUCCUGGUGGAGGCGCGGCCCGUGCUGUGGAACAGGGAGCUGGAGGACUACAAGAGCCGCAGCAUGACGGCCAUCGCCUGGCGGCAGGUGUGCGGCGAGCUGAACCCGGACUUCGCGGCGCUUAGCGACCGCGAGAAGACAGAGUACACACGGUUCGUGAUGAGAAAAUGGACCAACAUCAAGGACAGCUGGAUCAAGGCGGAGAAGAGGAAGGUGGAAAGUAGUAAGCCUGGUUCUGGCAAGCGGCCGUGCAGGAGGUAUAUCUAUGCGAAGCAGUUGUCCUUUCUCAGGAAAAAUCUGAAGCUCCAGGGCGCGGAGUACAAUUUUACGCCCAAGAGUACAAGAAAUAAUAAAACUGACACCACACCUGUAUGUGCCUCUAACUCGCCUGAAGGAGUCCCUCCCACACAGCCUGCCUGGCCAGCCAAGGUGAGGAAGGUGGAGGAAGGCGAGCAGACAACACUCAACGGCUCGGAGUCUCCGGAAGGCCGCCAACGCUCCUUCAUGCGAGGCAGAAGCUCAGAAUCUCCAGUUAGCCGCCGCAUUUCCUUCAAGAGAAGAAACAGCUCGGAAUCUCCUGAAAGCCGCCACGUGUCUUGCAUGAGAGUCAGCAGCUCGGAGGGUCCAGAGAACCGCCACAUUUCCUUCAUGAGAGGGAUCCUUCCUUCACUGGCAAAGUUUAGUGACGAGCAAGUUGUGGAGUUCCAAAUGGGCGUGUUGAAUGUGCUGCAGAGUGUGAGGGAAGGCCGGCGCUUCUCUGAUCCUGCCAGCGUUCAUUCCCAGCCCUUCCAUCUGCCCGCCGUAUACCCGCAGCACCUCAGCAACCCCCCACGUCCGCCCGCGACGCAGGACACGGCGCCGGCGGAGGAACAGAACACCAAAGCGGAGGGCAACGACAAGAGCCAGCAAAUCAUCAUUCCGACGUCACCGACACACCUCCCACCCGCCUCAGACGUGUCAGAGAAUUCGUGCAGCAACCAGUGAUUGCAGUGCACGUCUCUGGUUUGACGUGCACUGAACUCUUAACGAAUAAUUCAUCACUUAGGAAGUUAGUUAAUUAUCACUUCGUUAGAGCAUAUGAAAAUUAUUAUUGAUUUUUUUUCUUUUCUGCACUUUUCUCCACUUUCUCUGUUGUGCUAGACAUAUUGAAAGCCUUCGAUAGAGUCUGGCACCAGUCUUUGCUUUCUAAACUGCCCUCUUUCGGAUUCUAUCCCUCUCUCUGUUCCUUUAUCUCCAGUUUCCUUUCCGGCCGUUCUAUCUCUGCGGUGGUAGACAGUCACUGCUCUUUCCCUAAACCUAUCAACAGUGGCGUUCCACAGGGCUCUGUCCUAUCACCCACUCUCUUCCUGUUAUUCAUCGAUGAUCUUCUUUCCAUAACAAACUGUCCUGUCCACUCAUACGCCGACGACUCCACUCUGCAUUAUUCAACUUCUUUCAAUAGAAGACCCUCUCAACAGGAAGUACACGACUCCAGACUGGAGGCUGCAGAACGCUUAACCUCAGACCUUGCUAUCAUUUCCGAUUGGGGCAGAAGGAACCUUGUGUCCUGCAAUGCCUCAAAAACUCAAUUUCUCCACCUAUCAACUCGACACAUCUUCCAAACACCUAUCCCCUAUUCUUCGCCAACACUCAGCUGUCACCGUCUUCAACACUAAACAUCCUCGG